AUGGUGGUGGCUUUGAAGUAUGUGAGGACAACAGCCAUAGUCAGGCUGUUGUUAAAGAUGUCCAUGAAGACAUCUGCCCACCUCAUCACCAGCUCUGAGGGCAGUGUUCCCAGCCUUCAGGAGCCUGUAGACCUCCACUGUAAGCCAUGGCUUCUGAUUGGCCCAGACAGUCAUGGUCUUGGUGUUCAUAAAAUCUUCAAUACACUUGGUGAUUCAUCAGGUUUGGUGUGGUCAGCUACAUCCAUGUAUUGGUUUCUCUGGUUCUUGAUUCCAUGGUCCUGCUCAUCCUUCCCUCUGCUGCUUCUCACUGUACUGAGCAGACAAAUAGGACUGGAGGGGGUUCAGGCAUCAGUUUGCUCUCGAUGGGAUGCACAGAGUAAAAAGGGCCUUUUGCUGAAUGGUGAUGUGAUUAUCGGUGGUUUAUUUAGCCUCUAUUACAAGCCUACAGUUACAGAGCAGGACUUCACUAAGAAACCAUAUCAUGACACUUGCACAGGUUUCAGACCUGACACAGUCAGAUAUAUUCAUGCUAUGGUAUUUGCGGUGGAGGAGAUAAAUCGUAACAACCGUUUGCUGCAAGGAGUGAAGCUGGGUUACCGUAUACUGAAUAGCUGUGGCCGAUACCCCUGGGUUCUGCAGGCAGCUCUGAUACUGGUUGGAGGAGACGCACACAGCUGCAGCACAAAUGUUUCUGCUACUCAGUCUGCAACUGACGAACGAACUGAAGAGGAAACAGGUGGUCAGACUGUUCCUUUGCUCAUUGGUGCUGUUUCAUCAUCAACAGCAGUAAUGGUGUCUGAAGUGUUGGCGCCUCUAUCUAUUAGCUACAUAGCGAGUUGCCCGUGUCUUAGUGACAGGCAUAAAUAUCCAAGUUUUUUCAGAACAAUCCCAAGUGAUAUUUACCAAGCAAGAGCUAUGGCACAACUGGCUAUACGCUUCAAAUGGGCCUGGGUUGGAGUGGUGAUCGUAAACACUGAUUAUGGGCAUUCUGCUUUACAGGCGUUCCAAAAAGAGACUCAAGGAAAGGGGGUCUGUAUCGAUUUUGUACAGACUGUCACCCGACAAACAAUCAUCACUGAUGCCAAGAAAGCAGCAAUUACAAUUGAAGCUUCAACUGCAAGGGUGAUACUGAUUUUUUGUUUGCAUACUGAUGUAAAGCAAAUAUUUCUGGCACUGGCUGAGAGAAAUGUGACUGACAGACAGUUUCUGGCCAGUGAGGCCUGGAGCACCAGUGAUGAACUUAUGCAAGAUCUGGCUGUAACAACGUUUUCAAGUGGUGUCAUUGGUGUGGCCAUUCGAAGUUCAACUAUACCUGGAUUUGAAAAUUAUCUCCGAAGUGUAAACCCAUAUAAUCAUCCUGACAAUGUGUUUAUAAGAGAAUUAUGGGAAAGAGAGUUUGGAUGUAGUCCUGAAGCUACACAAUCCCAUAAAGCACCUCUCGACUCACAUUCCUCUUCAUUAAAAUCUGACUAUCCAUCAAAUUCUUCUACUUCAUUUCUUGAUAAUAAGUGUCUUCCAAAAUCUUCUCUGCCACCCUGCACUGGGACAGAGUCUUUGGAGGAUGUGCAGGAUGUCUUUAUUGACAUGUCUCAACUAAGGGAAACAUAUAAUAUCUACCUUGCUGUUUAUGCAGCAGCUCAUGCCCUUCACAGCCUUCUCUCCUGCCCAAACAGAGACAGCCCUACAAAUAACAGCUCCACCUGCUCCUCUGCAAAACACAUCAAACCCAAAGAGCUUUUACAGCACUUGAACAAAGUAAACAUCUCCACACCACAUGGAGAAAUGUUUCACUUCCAAGGUGCUGAUAUUCUGCCAAAGUAUGACAUUAUUAACUGGCAGAAAACCCCUGACGGUUCACUCAAAUUUGUGUUGGUUGGUCAUGUGAAUGAGUUUGGUAUCCACCUAAACGAGUCAGUUAUUCAGUGGAACACAGGAUCCAAUGAGGUUCCUGUGUCAGUGUGCAGUAAGAGCUGUCCCCCAGGUACCCGAAAGGCCAACAGGAAAGGAGAACCUGUUUGUUGCUUUGACUGUAUUCCAUGUGGAGAAGGAGAAAUUAGUAAUAUAACAGGUUCCCUCCACUGUGAACGUUGUCCAUCUGAGUUUUGGUCCAAUAAUGAGCGAACUGUCUGUAUACGUCGUCAGACAGACUUCUUGUCCUUUAAUGAAACACUGGGCAUUACUCUGACUACAGUAGCUGUGUCUGGUGUCUUAGUGACAACAGCUGUGUUUGUGGUCUUUCUGUACUACCGUCAAACACCUAUGGUCCGAGCCAACAACUCAGAGCUGAGUUUCCUUCUUCUUCUGUCGCUGAAGCUCUGCUUCCUGUGUUCUCUGGUGUUCAUUGGUCAUCCAUCAGUCUGGUCUUGUUGGUUCCAGCAGGCAGCCUUUGGGAUCAGCUUUGUACUCUGUGUUUCCUGUCUUCUGGUGAAGACCAUGGUGGUUCUGGCAGCUUUCCGCUCAGCUCGUCCUGGUGCUGCAGCUUUGAUGAAGUGGUUUGGUCCAGGUCUACAGAGAGGAAGUGUCUGCCUGUUCACCAGUGUACAGAUCAUCAUCUGCAUCAUAUGGUUGUCUCUCAGUCCUCCAGUACCUCACCGUGACUUGGGUAUCCAAAGGUCAAAGGUCACUUUGAAGUGUGCCAUGGCCUCUGUGGUGGGCUUCUCUCUGGUUCUGGGCUACAUCGGUCUGCUGGCCUGCACCUGCCUCCACUUGGCUUUUCUCGCCAGGAAACUCCCUGACAACUUCAAUGAGGCCAAACUGAUCACUUUCAGCAUGCUGAUAUUUUGUGCUGUUUGGGUGGCCUUUGUCCCUGCUUAUGUUAGCUCUCCUGGGAAAUAUGUGGUCGCUGUCGAAAUUUUUGCAAUCCUGGCCUCCAGUUAUGGUUUACUGUUCUGCAUCUUUGCUCCUAAAUGUUUCAUUAUUAUUUUGAGGCCUGAGAAAAACACUAAGAAACACCUGAUGGGUAGAUAA